AUGUUGUGAGUUUUUGGGCUAAAGAUUGAAAAAAAAAAUUGAAUUUCGGCGCUUUUUGAAGACCGCUUCAGGCCGCGAAAGUUUUUGCAGGAAGUUAAAAAAAGUUUGGAUUCUUCAUUUUCUAACUUUAUUAGGAGUUAUUGAUUCACUAAAUUGCGGAAAAAAUUAUAGGCAAUACAAAAAAAUCAUCCAUUUUUGAGAAACUUGUAGUGCCACUUAGACUUCUAAAGAAGUCACUAAUUCGAUUGCUAUAGUGGCCACUAAAACGUCAAACCCCUAAGGUGGCCCCUAAAAAUUCUCUCUAUCGUAAAAAAAAAGGAACUCGAAGCCUCGCUUGUUGAGGAAGAGACAGGUCAUAGAUUUUCCAAGUCGGUCAUGAAAAAGCUCCUCGUUUUCAGAUCUCACAUACCUCUGGUGAAAGAUUUCGAUAAACUACGAACUUUUUACCUCCGAGCCUACGUCAGAUACAUCCGCUGGCUGAUUUCCGUCGGUUCUUCUCCAAGAGCAAUCGCCAAUAUUCAGGUCUUGAAAGGAGUUACCGUAUGAUUGCAUGGCUUAAGAAAGCAUAUGGUCGCAUGUAGAAUGGCUCAAGGCAAUGCCGUCAAGAACAGAACUUCAUAUAUCUUGCAAUAGUCAUCAGAGCAAAUAUUUUUGCGAUCCAUAGCAACCAUAUAGAAUCCGUCCUUAGGAACUCCAGAGUGUUCCCUAUAGCCCCUUUUUGCCUCUAUGAGUUGUUCUGUCCCCUAAACCCUACAGGAACCACUCUAGCGUUCCUAAGUUACGUCUUGAGCCAUUUCUCCCGUAAUCCAAUUUCGGAGAAAAUCGAUUAUAUCUUGCCUUUCAGGCGACGUUUGAAGUGAACUUUGGCGCUGGGGCGAAGUGUCGGCAGACGAACUUGAAGGAGCGGGAAGCCGACCUGCGUUUCUAUUGGAAUACGUCAAUGCCGAGAAUUGGCGAUUCACCAGAAAUUUUGGGUGAAUUUUGAUUGAAUUAACUUAUUUUUCUUGUAUGACGUCAAAAUUCAGGAAUGGCGGAAGAACUCAAAAACUACGGCCAGAUGAGCAGCGCCGAGAUUCUGGAGCUGGAAAAGACGGACUCGGAGCUGCAGAAGCACCAGAUGAUGGUCGCAGUCACAGAGUUCGACACAUUUUCUGAUUAUAGGGAAUGAAGGGAAUUUUUUCAGUGACUUGUGUGAUUUGAAUGAACCCAUCGGAAGGUGUUGGGUUCGCUUCGAGCGGCGGAUGGAAACGGCCGACGCCCGCGUCAAAAGGCAUCCCCUUGAAGUUUCCGACGCCCAGGAGCUCGAAUUGAUGGUAGAGUGUUGGAGAGUAUCAAUGAAUUAAUUUCACAAAAUGAAUAAAUUUGGGUAAAAAACGAGAAAAGAUGUGUAAUAGACUUCCAACUUGGGAGAAAAAAAUGAGCACUUUAGGCUCUUUGCUGCAAAUAUAGAGUUCAGAAACUGUUAACAGGGGGAAUGUCCAAAAAGACCUAAAAAGGACCUUUGGAAAAAAAGGCACAGGCUACUUUUGGUUUGGCCUCUUUCUUAGAAAAGACUUCUUUGGGAGAAAAAAAGAAAGUGGAAAAAAAGAUGAAUAGAAACUUUUGGCACCUUUUCAGUAACUAAAAAAGGAGCUCUACAUUUUUCUUUUUGAAAAUUUGCCAGUCAAUGAAAAUUUUAUGCGUGUUUCUUUGCUUGAAGUUUUUAUUUCGCAGCCUAAAACUUUAAAAAAUCAUCGAGGAGCAUCUCCAAGAAAAAAACAACAUUUUUAAUCUCAAUUUCCAAUUUUUUCUGCACAUAUAGAAAGAUUUCGGUUUUUUUUCUAUGUCUGAGCGCUUGAGUUGGGGUUCGAGAUGUAGAGAGUAUUAAGAAGAAAAAAUUUAAUUCAUUUAUCGCGAUACCGUAUUUUUUUUAAGCUAGAUAUUUUGCAUCUGCAUUGACCAUCUAGCACCGGUUGGCUCGCGGUGACCUAAAAAAAAUUCAAUAGAUUUCUUAAUUUUUAUGUAGACCUUCAUUUUGCCGGCCUAAUUUUUAUUUCUUUCACUUUCUGCAGGAACUCGAAGAUACGGUGAAAGAAGACGAAAUCACGCCGUAUUAUUCGUUCCGAGACCAGGAUGUCGACUUCAUCAUGCCCUUGCUUCAAGCGCUCGGCGUGAAAUUCGUCGGAGGGGUUAGGAUUACGUUAUAGCCCAUUCCGCGCCAGCGUGUCACGUUUUUUUUCCUGCCAAAAAAAAUUAUACCAAAUUUGUCCCCACUUCUCUUUGAGAGAAUUGUUUCUUGCUGUCUUUUUGCUGUUUUUUAGAGCAAAAUUUACUCUUUUUUCUAAAAGUGGCGCUGUAUUCCUCAUUUUCUCACUGUAAAUUGAGUUCUCAUCAUUUUGAUCUAGAACGAAGUGUACAGCUCGUCGGAUGACAUCCUGCAAGCCUGGUUCGACGGUUGCAACCAGAACUGCAGCGAGUUCAGGACGUUGCCCAGUGCGAAACCACUGCUGCCUUGUCGGAAGGUACAGAAAGGCUCGAGUGGAAUGACAUUCGAAUAUUUUAAUUCUAGAUUGGCGUCAACAUCCUGCGUUAUCUCUAUGACAAGAUAUUCACGUUCGAAAGCGGUCAUCCGCUGCAUCGCGUCUUCUACUCUUCCGAAGCUCUAACGUACUGUCAUAGUUAUUGUGUUACGGACAGAAGAACAUUUUUAAGUAAAAAUGAGAAGUCACAGUAUCUACUUUUCUUAAAAAUCUAAUGCUUAUCAGGAUUUCACUUUUCAUCAGCUGCCCGAAAAUAGCAAAAUAAAGCCUGUUCGGAUUAGGAAUGUCAAGUGAAAUGACAUUCGAAAAAGCUCUGUGGCUCGGUCUCUGAUUAUUUUAUCGUACCGUUAGGGGCGGAACUUGACAUUCAAAAUCUGAAAAAAAUAGCAAUACGAAAAUCAUUGCUGUUUUUGCGGGUUUUGAGCAAUUAAGCCUGAAGAAACGUUAUUUGAAAAAAAAACAAUUGUCAACUAAACGGUGCGUAACAUUCUCUCUUCUUAGGUACUGAAGUUUUUUUCUCUACGGCGUUUUUCCUUUUAAACUCGAUUUCGUAAACGAAUUUUGAGUUUUCAAGAUUUUUAAGCCGUUCAUCUCAAAUAUCCACCUAGAGGAUAAUUUUCCCAGUUACAAAAAGUAACCGAGAAAUUUUUAACGACUAUCGCAACCUUAGUACUAUACACUAUCAUAGGUGUUAAUUUUUACGAGUAUGGAAGAGAAGAAAAAGAAAAAAAAUUUUUGUUAUGUUGAUUUAAUUCUCGGAGAUCACAGAUAAAGGGCUACUUGAGAGUUUAAAUAAUCAUUUUUUCAGGGAGUUCUCGAUUGUGGAAGCGGAUUCCACGUUGUCGACAAGUUUGGAGAAACUCAAGUAUUUCUUUUCGAAAGGAGGGCCGCUGAUUAAGCCGAACAUGAGCAUGGAGGCGUCCCAUAUCAUUUUGUUGGUCCUCGCUGAUAAGGUGAGAAAGAGACUUGACUUUUUUGACAGUUUCCAAGCUCUGGAAUUAAUGUAAAAAUUCUUCUUUUUUUUGUUCCAAAACCGCUGACAGGCUGUCCAGCUGUUCCAAGUAGUGGCCUGUGUUUUUUUGAGUUCAAAAUUUUAUUUUUUUAAAAAAAGCUCAUUGAGUUUAUUAAGGUUCCAACUCAGACGUUCUUUCAGGUUUCUAAAUUGGCAUUUCAAGCGAAGCGGGAAGCCCAAAACCAAGGCCCAAAAGCCAAGGCCAUCACUGAUAAGGCUGUCGAAAAAUUGAUUAUGGUAUUUGAAAAAAAAAACAGAAGUAUGAAUUGAUAACCUUUUUUCAGCUUCUCCGCAAUGUGAUAAGGUCGAAGUCAACGGAGCAGGAACGAUUGUUGGGCGUUUCGCCGUACACGAAAUCACAAGAGUUGAACUCGAUUCAAAGGGAUUUCCUAGCUUUGAUCACCGUUUUGAAGGUCAUUUUUUGUUGUUGAGCUUAACAAUGUGUGUCGAGUUUAUUCAAAAUGUUAGGGAGAUUUGUUCAAUAGUAAAUUAUCUUAUUUUAAUGUUUUAUAUCCAAAAAGUUAGAAUUUCAUUCAAUUCGAACCAAAUUGGACUAGCUUAUCGGACCUUGGCGAAUCGUAGGUGUCGGGCGUUUCUAGUGGCCACUUUAGUAGCGUCAAAUCUCUUGAGUAACGAAAAUUAUAUUGGGCUUUUCAGUUUUUCGAUGACCCUCAAGUAAAGAGUCGGAAUAUCGCGGCGCUUCUCCUCGGAAUGGAUACGGAAAAAGCGGAUAAGGUAUAACUUUCCCCAGAAAGAUAUUUCAGUGAAGCGCAACUGUCUACUUUUUCAGCUGUCGAACGUUGAUUUGAGACGCGCGGUCACCACUAUCGAGGGCAUUCAGGAAAAUAUCUACAAAAUUGAGCAGAAGGAAAAUGAACCAAAUAGUCAUAAGGUGGAGUUUUGGAAUUAAUUUUUAGUUUUUGUUCAAUGAUAUUGGUUUCAGAGCUCUCUCCAUGUUUUGCCGACGGCUUCUGUGCUCUUGGAUGUGUUGAUUAUGCACCUGAGAGUUAAUAUCGGUGAGUUUUAAAUGGAAAGAUUUUUCGGCUGCUCCGUUUGAGCUAGAUAUCUUCAAGGAUUGUUGAACCAAAGUUCUGAUUUUUUUAAGAUUAUAAUAAUUUCCUUUCAGUCACCUAUUUUCACCUUCUGAAUCUGAAUUUACAUGUUUUAUAAGUCCCAGUAUCUGUACCCGUUAGGGUGCUCAAAAAGCGGGUUUUAUCUUGUUUCAUGCCCCUAACUUUGUUAAUAAAAUGAUUAAUUCUAUAAAAGAGAUUUCUUUCCAGCGGUUCAAGACGCGAAGGACUCGACCGAGGCGAAUUAUGCGAUUGACAGGCUGAUGGACGUGUCGAAAGUUGUCCGUGGGUCCGACAACGAAACCUACCGUAACAUCAACCUCCGAUUCAUUCACACUGAGCUUAUCCUGGCCAUUGGAUCGAAAUUCGUGAGGAUUCGACCUUUUUUUCGGAACUAAAUUAACUCAUGAAAGUGACGCUCGAGGUGUAAACUAUACUCAGAACUUAUUUCAAUUUUUAAAGAAAUUGAAACUUCUCAUUUUUUGUGUGGAACAAUGCUUUAAGAGUGUGUUCUUCCAUUCUUUUUCCCCAUAAAUCCACUGAAAAGGCAUAAUUUUUCCAGAUUUUCCGUGACCGUUUCUGUAGUGUGUUGCACCUGGCCAUCGAGCACUUGCGUUUCGAACCGUUCAUUUGGAUAACGUGGGUUUUUCGGUGUCUUACUAGGAAAGUAAUGCUUUUCAGCUAUAUUGAGACGUUCAAUCGGGGCUCUAAAAGACUGACGACCUCCAUUUUCAUGAGCCAUCGACAAAUUUUCGUCCAGGAGGUGGCUGAGAAAGAUCCGAGUACGUUUUUUUUAUUGUUUUUAUGAGAAAACCUCGUUUUGUGCAACAAUUGAGAGUUUAGGUUGUUUUCAAAUUAAACAGAUUUUUUUCCAAAAAUAAAUGAAUUUUUUUAAAAAUUUUUUUCGUUCUCUCAGAAAUUUUGUAUUUUUGAAAUUUUUCAAAGUGACAUUUUUCAGACAUUUACUCGGACGUCGAACGACUUUUCAUGUCCCUUGGACUUCUCUACAUGCAGUGUCGGCAUUAUAGAUCGGUUUGAUAUUUUACACGAAUGCAUUUUUUUUUGAAAAUUCGCCGCUCUUAGAUAUCUAGAAGUUGACCUUGACAUGCACAAAUUACUGAUUUGGUGUGAAAAAAUGAUUCUCGGUUGAAUGGGCUGCUAGGAUAUUUUGAACACUUCUUUUUGAAAUUUUGAAAAUUUGGAAGGAUCUGGCCAGAGAUGGGCGGAGUUCCGCGCUUUUUGGUUCCGCUUCCGGCAAAAAUAUUUCUCCGCGUCAUACGAUAUGAUUUCUUGAAAAUUAACUUCUUUUUUUUCGAAAUCGUUAACAGUCCCACCCGCUGACCGUCCAAAAAUGCGAAAGAGAAAAAAAAAAUGGAAAUUUCAUCUUUACAAUCUGAAAAAUUGUGCAUACUUCAGUACCUUCACUGCUUCCGAAUACCGCGUUCAGGAAAAGAAUUUUAUCCCGCAUUCCGGAAGUUUUGAAUAUUCGCCUCCCAUCUUUGAUCCUAGUCUAUUUCAACAAGCCAAACUCAUAGUCUACUGUUUUUUUUGAGCCAUUCCCAGCCGCUUUUAAGCACAAACAUAUUCACAAUCAUUUACUGACUAGUGUUUGAAAUCAAAAAAAAUAAGUUUUAACCUUAAAUGGUGUUAUUGAUUCUAGAAAACUGGGAAGGAGUUGCUGGUAGAUUUCAAGAAUAGUCUGUUCAUGUAUAGUCUCUCUCAACUUUCAGCUAGAUGAGCACCUCGGCUCGGAUUCCAUCCUGAAACGCCUCCUGACCAGCUUCACUGAACAGGCGACAUUGACGCGCGAUCCUUCCAUUUGGCGACUGGCUCUGCGAGUCGCCGUUGAACUCGGCAAUCAGCGACUGAUUCAAGAGGUUACCGAAUAGUGAAUUUGGAAAAUAGAUUAUUAAAAUAACUAUUUAUUCAGGUGUGGAAGCAUUUUAAAAAAAAAAGAAUUACGAAGGUUAGGUGACGAGUUGAAAAAAGGAUAAUGAGAGUUGAAUAACUUAGCGAGCUUCAAGACGAUUAUUACAAUGUCAUAAAAUAAUGAAAAGGGAAUUUACAGUAAGCAGGAAGGUAUGGAAUGAAGAAAAUGGACCACAGCUAUCUUAAAAAGAGAGUGUGUUUAGACCCUUACUAGAGAUCUUAAUGAAACUUGGCUGAAAUGCACUUUAGGACCUUUUAAUUUAAAAGAAAGUUUAUUGUAACAGAUUUUUUUUUUCAAAUUAUGAGUCCUUGAAAUUCAAAACCUACAAAGAACGUGAGCUUUAGGGCUUUAGAGAUAAUUUUAAUCUCAUUUUUUUUAAGACUCACGUCUUGGCGAACGGACAAUGCAGUUGGGCCCGUGACAUUCAUCUCGACUACGCGAUGGCUCAGACCAAUGAGAAUGGCUUCCAGCAAGCCAUGUAAGCUGACUUUUUCUACAUAAUCAAAAAAAAAAUUGAAAGAAUGGACGGAAACUACCAGGAUCGGAUAUUUUUUUUCUGAAUUAUGAGAGAAAAAAACUCAAAUUUUCGAAAUCGUCUAGUUCAGUUCCAUCAACGCUGACUAAAGAAAACUGUUUGUGAUAUUUUCCAACGCGAACCUCAGAUUUUUUUUUGUGAUGAGAGUUUGGGAGCCAUUUAUAGUCAUAAUUAUCAUUGUGAUUGAAUUUUUUUGUGAAACUUUUUCACAAGCCGGGAUCAGCAUCUCUUAAAAAAAUUUUCAAAAUUUCUUGAUGUUAAUCAAUUUUUUUAUAUUUAUGAGAGUAAAAGCCUGUUCCAGGACCAUAUACAGUCAUUCCAGAUUUGUGUACCUUUGGAAAUUCCAACUAGGAGUAUGAAAUUUGUAAAGCCAUGAAAAAUAAGAAGAUUUUUUUUGAAGAAUUAUCAAGAAAAACAAUGAUUUUAUUCUUUUUAGAACUUUUUUUCAAUUCAAAUCCUUUCCCAUUUUCAGGCUGGCGAUACUGGAGUCGAACUCGCAUCUAUUCAUCGACGACGUCAAGAAUAUUGAAGCGAUUCGCGAAAUUCACCAAGCGAAACAGAUGCUAGAAUAA